AUGGAUGCGGAGACGAGCCAAAAGAAGGCACGGAUGGAGGAGAAGGAGCAGGAACCUCCCGUCGGGCUGUCGAAGUAUUUCCGUUCUUCGACGCCGACAUGUGCGCAGACUCCGAGACCGGAAUCAGCGCGCGACUCUAGGUCGAGGCCGCCAGACAAGGAGAACGUGCAGCCUCGGGCGUCGACUUCGAAGGAGCCUGCUGACGACUUCGACUCCGUAGUCGCGCAUCCGGCGGACGAGGAGAUGGAGGAUGUAUCCGAAGGGGAAGGCGUAGAUCAGGAAGACGGGUACAUCUCGCCUGCGCAGUACGACUGCAUGGACGCGGCAGACCUAUCGUCACCCACGCGACCGCGACGAACAGAUGACUUCGACGACGAAGACGAAGAGGACUUUGGCGUAGAGCCCGUGUCCAGUCCGGUCGCACACUUAAAGCGCCGUCACUCGCUACCUCAUCCGCGAGUCGCCUUCCCCGCCAUCGCCAAGCGUACGCCUAUCAAUCUGGAGGAGAGGCCCUUCUCUCGAAGGGAAUCUGCGCCGGUUGCAUCAUCCUCGCGUAGGACGGUCGUUGGAGGGCCGAGUCUGGAAGACAUUAUCACAGAUGAGCCAAGCAGCGACAUCGAUGGGUUCGACGACGAUCCUGGGUCGGGGAAUACGUCCUCAGAUGCGCCGCCGACACCUUCGCCGGAGACGCCGCAGCAGGUUGGCGAGACGCGGGUGCUGCUGGUCGAUGAUGACGGCGAGGGCCAGAGGUCCGCGGCCUUCGAAGCCGUGGCGAAGGGGUGGCGCGAGAAGUGGGCGCACGGCGGGCGAGUGAGUAGUAUACUGGUCCGCCGCGAGACGACGGUGACGCCGCAGGGCCGCCGGACGCCGCUGCCUGCGCGCCCGCCGCGCGACCCCGGCUCUGUCCCGAGAAGCUCGAGUAAGCUCGUACGGCGCAACGCGCUGCCCCUACAACGCACCGCCGUCCGGGUGGACAGCCCCGCCUCUGGGAGCCGGUUGGACAGGUUUAGGUUUGCUCUGGGCCCCGAAGUUCGUCCUCAGGAUGGGGCUGACUCCACCGCCGGGUGUACUUGA